AUGUCAUCUACAUGCGAUGAUGAUUACAGAGUGACCAAAGUGUUUCAGUCAUCAGCUAAGCUUCGACUGCCCCAUUCAGAACCAAUGGGACAUCUGAAUUGGCAUACAAGUCCUAGAGCAAGCAUUGAGUACAUGUAUGCGUCAGCAGGAAGUACCAUUAGCAACCUUGAAACGGUUAAGGGUACUCAGCCUAAUCAUAUGACGAUGAGCUCAAGCUACUCAUCACUCAACAAUUCUCAGCCGUCCACCCCUCUCGACUUGGAAGUAGUAUCCGUAUCGACACCUACGUUUACUCUAGAGUGUGACAAUAGCCCAGCAUUGCCUGUCUGGAAGUCUGUCAACAAAUCGCUACCCAUUGUUGAUAAUGAGAUACCAGUAGAAGCCGUAAAAGAUAUUGCAUCUAAUGAACAGCUAAGCGAUCUAUUAGUCAACAAGUUAGCUCAGCCUUUAGUUACAAUCAAAAAACGCAAUGGUAUUACAUCAAGAAAGGAGAGCUUAGCCAAACCUGUUAAGCAACCAGACAAUGAGUCAAUCCGGAUGACGCGCGACCAGUUCAGAAGUACUACACCAUUGCCAGAUGAAGCAUUGUGUGAUCCGGUACACAUAAAUUGUCAUCACUCUUUUGGUAACCUUGGUCAUUCGCACGCAUUGGUUACAACUAGUAGCGCGAAUGGAAUCACUAAGCAUACAGGAACGCCGUCUAACCUUACUAGUCAUGGUCCUACUAGUAUAGAUACUCACAUAUCUAAUACACAUGCUAAGCGGACUAUAAGUAAUGAUUUAACCUAUAAGGAAGCAGCUCCUAGGACAAUUAGCAGAUUAUCAAUUUCUCAAGCUAGUCAUUCACCAGACGAAUUCCACAAUGCAACUGAUCCAUUUUCAUCCAUGAUAACCAAACAAGCAAUCGACGCUUCGCAUAACAAUGUGGUACACACCUCAAGCAGUAUUAGGCAAACAAAGGAACAAGAUUUAUCUAGUCGCUUACCUAGACAGUCACAAUCUAAGCCAUGCUUAAAUCAAGACCUAUUGACUAACGCGCCAAACAAACCACUUAGUCAGCAAGAACAUGGUGAGACGCUAACGGGUGUUUGCAGCGAAACAUUGGGAAAUUUUCCAGAUUUUCAACCGCUGGAAGUCGAUUUAUCGCUGGAUAUGAAGGACUGGCUAGUUGAAACUAUCCGUGAAAUUCAGCAAAUAAUGGAUAUAUACGCAGAACCUACCGUCUCGCAUACAUCUACAGCUGACUCAGCGGUUAUUGAGAUUGAACGCCAUUCAACUUUAGACUCGACAAGACCGCCCGGUCCGGAGCAUCCAAUAUCGACAAUAUUGCCUGAUAAAUCAAGCAAGUUGGCCCAGCGAAUGACUAAGCUUAGCGCGUCAAUGAAGAGUUCGGAAUCUUCGUCUCUGUGUAACAACAGUCACACGACUAGACUUGUCAAUGAUCUAUUACUACCAGCGCAAUCAUCCGUAAGGAUCUUUGAGUCUGAAGCAAGCAAACAAUCUUUAUUGGUGGAUAAAAUUGACAUGGGCAAGAACGACACUAUUCAGAGCGCGCUACAAGCGACACCGUCACGUGAUCCUUACUCAGCAUUGUCUGAAACAAUUUGCGGCUCUGAAUCGACUGAAAUAAGUGCAGCCGACUAUGCUACCACUAACACUAGUAUAUUCAAGGACGUUUCAAUCAAUAGUGGAGAAAGAAGCGUGACUAUUAGUUCAAUUGAUUCAUCGGCAUCGUCUGUAAGUACAAUUGAUCACAAACUAUCGACGCAAGACUCGAACGAGCCUCCGGAAAGCUCGCAUUAUGAAAUGAAACAUAAGACACUUACGCCAAGCUUUGAUACCCAGUGUAUCAGCUCUGAGUUACGAAAUGAACAUGUUGGUUUGCACUCCAAGCAGCUAAGGAAUUGGAUUAGCGAGCAGACGCUAGUACAUAUCAGUGAAGAACCAGACAGUGCCCAUAGGAGCUUACCUAUUAUACUUGUGAACACAGAAUACUCUAACGCGUUGCAUGAAUACGACUCAUCGGGUACACCGGUAGUAUUAGUCCCGAGCAUUAGCGUUGCUGCGAACGCCGCAUUUGAAUCCCUAGCGCCAUCGGAAAUUAGAAAUCUAAGUCCCGACUACCAGCCUAUGGCCCUAGGCAUAAGCGCCGAGUCAAGCGCCGAGUCAAGCGCCGUUGACACUGAGCUCCGAAUCGUAUUACCUGAGAAAUCAGCUAAUGACGAACCAGUUAUUAGUCAAGCAAAGUUAGUUUCAGAUAUUGGAAUUGAUUGUCUAGUACCAGAAGAGCCGACUACACCAAGCAGAGGUGAUAAUAUCGAUCAAAUAAGUAUUCAUUCAUCAAUAUCUACUGACGAAGGACUCCGGUCGCCGGUAAUUAAUACAAAGAGUCCAAACGGCUUAACAAUAUCGGAUGUAAGAGUCGAAACUCCUAUGUCGCAAGACCCCGAACUACCUUCGACACUUAUAUCAGGGAUGUCAAGCUCGAUAACGCAUUUGUUCACCAAGCCGACCGAUCAUGAAUACUUGCUACCGCCUGAUAAGCUUACGCCAUAUGGUUUGGUUACAAGUGAAGUAUCCAAUCCAGGAGACAGGAGCAACAACGACACGUUAGCUUCGACACCAAUGAGAGAGCAUCUAUACCAAUACGAACUUUUAGAAGAUCAGUUGGAUAUAUCGACAACCCUCUCGUACAAGUACAAUCAGGAAGCGGAACGUAAACACUCGACUUACAAGCCGGAAGCUAUCGAGCCCAACAAACCAGAUAUUAAUCUUUGUAUUAGCUCACUAAAUACACAAGCAUCUGGCACAGCGGAGGAACAGGCACUGCAGCAUAUAACCGGUCCGUCGUACCAAGACAACUUUACAUUUACAGUUAGGAGCGCCGCAGCACGAACAUCACGGCUGUCUCGAUUGCCUGUAAGGUCCAGCUCAAGACAAAGUACUAACCAAGCAUUCGGCACUGCAAAGAAUUUAAGGUCGAAUAGAGUCAGUAGUUCAACCGCAUCUAAGGCACGACGAAAUAGGAAUACAUUACCUACUCACGUAAGGAGCCGAUUAGCCAGCUCGCGCAGAUUCAGCAAAUCGUCUCAGGAUGAAACGUCGCAAGCUUCCGUUAGCAGUCAAUAUAGUCAUAAAUGCGACCAAGGAGACUCGCCUUGUGCCCAUGAAUCAAAUCAGAGCUCCAACAAAGACCAACAUCCUCAACAAAGGACAAGGAACGAUCCUCCGGAUCCACCUGACGAAUCAGGAGAUGAGUAUAGUGACGUACCUAUAAGGAAUCCUAUACGCGCACGAUCUUUCAGACCUAAGCCCGUGCACUUUGAUCCUAAACUUGAGCCGGAUAACAUUCCAGAAUGGAAUGGCAAUACCAGCGAAUUACCCAGAUGGAUCAUAUCCAUCAAUAAUUUAGCUGAAUACGGUAUCUAUGCACGCAUACAGUUAGGACGACAAGUGCCAUCAAGACUCACGGGUCGAGCGCUAAGAUGGUUUAAUGCACUAGAUAAGACUUAUCGACGAAUCAUCACCGCCGAUUGGCCAAGUUUGAGACGCGCAAUAACAAUACACUUCAUGAAUCGAUUGCUGAUAGACAGAAAUAAGGCCAAAGCUCUUCAAGCCGGAUUCAGAGACAGAGAUAACCCGUAUGAAACACCGGUAGACUACAUUGUUCGGAAGGCCGAAAUGCUUACUCUAUUUAGCGAUUGGACUGAAUCUGAACUAAUUACGGAGAUCAUGAACAGCGCUCCUGAACAUUGGUCAUUGUAUAUAGAUACAUCUGUAGGAACUACAUGGGACGACUUCUUGGACAAAAUCGCAUGGCAUGAAGACCGCUUGCUGAGACAUGAUAAUAAUAUAUCUCAGGACAUACAGAAGCAGCUCGACAAAAUGAAAGAAAUUCUGAAAAAUAUCGAAAUUCAACCGGAUUCCAACGUCAAGACGAAUCGCUCCAGUCAAUGGGAUUACAAAGAGUUAAGCAACAACGAGAAUACGAGUGACAACGGGUCUGAAAUCAACGAAAAAGCCUCUACUCAAGACUCCUACCAAACCCUUUGA